UCUCCCCCGUCAUCUCCUGGUUGUGUCGCCAAACAAACAUCCGCUCCCUCCCAACAAUGAUAGUCCACACUGUAAUCUAUGCUUUCCGCGGCAGUGCGAAGUGUUGGCGACACCGGGCUGUGCUGAAAGCUGCUCUGGGGGUGUCGGGCUUCGGCAGGUGCCGCUGGUUGUCCUCGCCACCGAGUAGAAGCGUUACGAGCAUGGAGGACAUACUCGCCAGGGUAGUUUCGCCUUUACCCACGUACGAAACGAGAGAGAAAUCCCCCCCGCCUCCAGAAUCCAGCAGCUUGGAGUUCAUGCACUUCUACAGAAGCCUCGAAUGGGAUGACAAACUCGAUGUCUUGGCAAAGCUGUCGCGGGAUUUCGGAGUGGAUCACAAGAGCGUGUCGGAGUUCGCCGGCAAGUUGCUGGACACUCAACUCCGGGACUUGGCGACCGUCAUGCAGGCGGAGGAUCGGCUUCGCUACAGUUUGACUCCCCGCUAUAAACAGUUGCUGAACCACAUCAGCAGGGUGGAAGGAGGAGUGAAGUUUCUGGUGGACCUCAGAGCCGACGUGCUCGCCAUCAUCGCAUCGAAAAGCAGCGAGAGCCCGCACCUCAGGGACCUGAAUGGUACGCUGAAGAGCAUGCUGUCCGAGUGGUUCUCUGUUGGCCUGCUCCGACUAGAGCGGAUCACCUGGAAGUCACCCUGUGAGAUCCUACAAAAGAUCAGCCAGUACGAGGCGGUGCACCCUGUAAGGAACUGGGCUGACCUGAAGCGAAGAGUGGGGCCUUACCGCCGCUGUUACGCCUUCACCCACGCUGCCAUGCCUGGGGAGCCUCUUGUCGUGCUACACGUGGCCCUCACAGAAGACAUCUCUGAUAACAUACAGAGUAUUGUUCGGGAGUUUUCAUCCCUUGAACUGGAGGAGGAUGUGAAUAAGAUAAACGCAGCCAUCUUCUACUCCAUCUCCUCCACACAGGCUGGUUUACAAGGAGUGGAGCUGGGCAACUACCUGAUUAAGAGGGUGGUACGGGAACUCCAGAGCGAGUUCCCCCACAUGGCGCAGUUCUCGAGCCUCUCGCCCAUCCCAGGUUUCUCCUCGUGGCUCCAAGGCCUCCUCAGCCAAUACAGGAAGGAAGGCCGCGGCUUGGACCUCCUAUCCGAGCAGGAGUGGCGAGAAGUGGAGCAAGCCACCGACAGCGGCACCAUGGAUAGCCUUCGCAAGCUGAUCGCCACCAGCGAAUGGAUGCGUUCAGAACGUCUCUCCCGUGUCCUGGAGCCUGUCCUAAUGCGGCUCUGCGCCUGGUAUCUCUACGGCGAGAAAAGGCGGGGCUACGCGCUGAACCCGGUGGCCAAUUUCCACUUGCAAAAUGGCGCCACCAUGUGGAGGAUCAACUGGCAUGCUGACACGAGCCCAAAAGGCGUGGCUAACUCUUGUGGCAUUAUGGUGAACUAUCGCUACUUCUUGAACGAGACCUCCAAAAACAGUGCCCUCUACCUGCAGAAUAAGGUCAUCACGGCGUCAGAUCAAGUCGUGGGAUUGGUGUCCCAGUUUCAGAAGAACAGCAAACUUUGAGAAACUGACGAAUAUAAGAUACAUCUCCAAGGCCCAGUUGUUAAAAAAAAAGAAGUAAAUAUACAUUCCACGUGUUUCAACUUCUAACUUUAAAUUUCAUCUUUUAAAUCAGGGGUCACCAACGCGGUGCCCGCGGGCACCAGGUAGCCCAUAAGGACCAGAUGAGUCGCCCGCUGGCCUGUUCUGAAAAUAGCUCAAAUAGCAGCACUUACCAGUGAGCUGCCUCUAUUUUUUGAAUUGUAUUUAUUUACCAGCAAGCUGGUCUCGCUUUGCCCGACAUUUUUAAUUCUAAGAGAGACAAAACUCAAAUAGAAUUUGAAAAUCCAAGAAAAUAUUUUAAAGACUUGGUCUUCACUUGUUUGAAUAAAUUCAUUUUUUUUUUACUUUGCUUCUUAUAACUUUCAGAAAGACAAUUUUAGAGAAAAAUAUACAACCUUAAAAAUGAUUUUAGGAUUUUUAAACACAUAUACCUUUUUACCUUUUAAAUUCCUUCCUCUUCUUU